GCGCCGGCGAAGUUCACCUCGAUGACUCGCGAUUGGCCCUUCGCAAAGUUCAAGUCGUCCCCGGGGGCAAAAGACAACAACGACGAAGGCGAGGACGUCACCGCGUGCACCUACCUGUGGCGCCACGUCCCUGACGCCGCGCGAAGGCUCCGGGCGACGGGUGCCAGAAUCGCGGGGGUUCACCUCGCUGGUCUCGACGAGGGCGGGCUCGCGUCGGCUAGCGCCGGGCUGGGCGCGCACCUCGUGGGCGCGCCGUGGCCCGGCGCGUGCGACGCCGACGGGUUUUGCUCCAUCGGCGCGCAGUACGGCGGCGAGCUGGGCCGGUGGCUCUACGGAGGUUCGAAUGCGAACGGUCACGACGGUUCGGGUCACCGCGUGCACGAGGAUGCUUUCGCCGAGGAAGAUUCUCCCGAGCACUUCGUGUACGACGCGGGGGAGUACAAGACGUGCGAGGCGGUGAUUCGCGCGGGCGCGCGCGGCCAACGCGAGCGAUCCAUCGUGUCGUUUCCGCACGGCGCGCACGUGCGCACGUUACACGCGUCGAAUCUGCGGUCUGCGUCGUCGACCGGGCCGAACGCGGAGAACAGUCUGGCGAGGGCGGUGGCGCCGCUCAUGUGCGAGUCGGCUUCGUCCACGGAUCCGGCGGAGAUGGCCGUCUCUUCUUUUGGGAAGAAGUCCGAUCGAUCUUCCCGGCUGGGAACGCGAAAGGAAGGCGGGGUCGGCGGCGGCGGUGGGAUUCGAUCCGGCGACCUCUUGGACUCGGACGACAGGAUAUGCGCGACGGAGGCUGACGCGUUGGGCAUAGAACCCGUCAUCUCGCGGUGCGCCGGGGGCGACGCUGACGCGACGGUCGCGUGCCUCGACUCGCUCGUGUACGCCGCGUGCGCCGCGGUGGAGCGCGCGCCGUCCGCCGUGGUCGCCUCCGAAACGCCCCCCGAAACGGCUGAAUCGGGACGCGAACCGACGGUCGCCUCCGGGUGCUACGACGACGGCGCCGUGCGUUUGGUUGGGAGCGAGCGCCACGCGACCCUCGCGUCGGUGGCGUGCGACAGGGUGUGCAGGACCCGAUCCGCGGACUCUCCCGUCGCGGGUUCGAAUCCGCCGGGCGUCGCCGGGGGUGCGCCGUUUCGGGAGACGCGCGCGCGUCGCGUGGAGAUCGAGGUGCGAUGCGAGGGCGAGGGGCGGUGCAAAGCCGGGGCGGUGCGGUGGUUCGCCGCCGGGCGCGAGGCUGACGGCAGGCGCGCCGAGCUCACUGAUUAACCAUAGGAAUAAAAUAAACAAUUAGACUAUUGAAACG